AUGGCAGUUAAAUCCGCGGAGUACGAAAAUUCAUCAUCUCUCCUACACGAAAGGGAUAUUCUCUCUAAAUUUAAAGAAUGCUCGCAUAUUAUUCGUCUAUAUGGUUAUGAUUUCACCGUUGAAAGCACAAAUUUUUUUACAAAUAUCUUCUUGGAGUGCGCCUCGGGCGGCACUUUGCACGACCGCAUUCAAUCAUCAAAGACAUCUAAAUACAACGGAAUCUCCGAAAUUGAAGCAAAGGAAUAUACACUUUCCAUUUUAAAGGGUCUGCGCUACAUCCAUGAGAGUGGAUACAUUCAUUGUGAUAUAAAACCGGAAAACAUAUUAAUGGUCGACGAGAAGGCCAAAAUAGGAGACUUUGGUAUGACUAUUCAGCCAUUCAAUCUUCCAGGAAUGACGCUAGUUGAAAAAGAUUUCAUCUUGAUUCCGAGAAGUACAAGUUUCAUUAAAUUGCGGUUACAAAUGAUUCAUCCUUAA